ACAAUAAAUUUUUUACACAUUUUUACUUUAAAAUUUAGUGUGAAUGGUCUUACUAUAUUACAUUAGUGAUUUAAACAGUAUCGAGUAACUCGUUCCAGUAAAUUCUGAGUACAAUGAAUACCGUACCGAUAGUAUUAAACAAGGCAGCUAUGAGGAAGUAUGACGACCUGACGAUACCGUGUGAGGCCGUGCUCGCCGGGUACGUGUGGAUCGACGGCACUGGCAUCAACCUGCGAUCCAAGGAUCGAACCUUGGACUUCUUCCCUGAAUCAUACAAAGACCUCCCGAUCUGGUACUUCGACGGCAGCAACACUCAGCAGGCGGAGCGCGACAACUCUGACACCUUCAUCUUCCCCCAAGUGAUCUACCACGACCCCUUCCGACGGGGUAACCAUAUCCUGGUGCUGGCUGAUACCUACAAACAUAAUUACCAACCUACAGCGACAAACUAUAGAAAGGACUGUCUCCUGUUGAGUGAGAAAGCCGAAGUAGAGGAGCCGUGGUUCGGAUUCAAUCAGGAGUUCUUCCUGAUGUCGACGGAUGGUAGACCUGUGGGCUGGCCCCCCGGGGGGUUCCCCUCACCCCCCGGGCCGUACUACUGUGCGGUGGGAGCGAAUAGGAUCGUCGCGAGAGACCUCAUGGAAGCGUUUUAUAGAUGUUGUCUGUUCGCCGGAGUUCAAAUAAACGGAAUAAAUCCAGGCACGACGCCGUCGCAGUGGAACUUCCAGAUCGGUCCAAGCCCCGGGAUCAAAGCGGCUGACGACCUGUGGAUCUCGCGCUAUAUCCUCUGUCGUCUGGCAGAGGAAUACGGUGCGGUCGCCUCCUUCGAGCCCCAGCCCGUAGAGUACUGGCCAGGAAAUGGAUGCUUCGCCUACUUCUCUACGAAGGAGAUGAGAGAGGAGGAUGGUAUUAUGCUAAUAGAGAAGGCGAUAGAUAAACUGGCGCGUCGGCACGGGGCGCACAUGACUGAGUACGAUGCUAGCAGCGGUGCCGACAACGCUAGGAGACUUACAGGGAAGACUAGUAUGCCAAACUUCAAGGACUUCACUGCAGGUGUUGCGAACCGCGGGUGCUCUGUGCGGAUCCCGCGGCAGGUGUCUGAGGACAAGCGCGGCUAUCUGGAGGACCGCCGGCCCGCCGCCAACGCGGACCCCUACCGCGUCAUCUCCGUCAUGCUCAAGACCUGUGUGUUCGACGAAUAGACAUAGCACUGCAGGCUUAGCAUGAUCAACAUAG